CUUCCCGAGAAGGGGUAAAGUGAGAGCUGCUAUAUAAAGGAGAUUCCUUACACUCCUGAGAUCACAGUUUGUUGUAAUCACAAUAACCGUUCGCCUUUAAUAUACUCAUUUGUUAUAUCUGUAAUUUACCGAACUUCCACUGAACCACAAUGAAGCUUUUGGCUAUGGCAAUGUUAUUGGCCGUCGCGUCGGCGAGACCGCAGCGUGAGGCUUAUCCCGAGGACGUUCGAAGCAGGGAACAGCCCGUCGACGAUAGGCGAAUCACCUCGACCCAGAUCCCCAUCCUCCAGUGGAACAAGCAACAGGACGUCGACGGCACCUACAAGACCAACUACGAAACUGGAAACAAUAUCAUCGCCGAGGAAAGUGGAUACAUCAAGACGCUCCAAGGAAGCGACGGCGAGUCCUUUCCAUCUCUGGUCCAGGAAGGUCAGUACUCGUACCAAGCUCCCGACGGUACCGUGAUCAACACUCGUUACAUCGCGAAUGAGAAUGGAUUCCAAGUCUUCGGAGAUCACCUCCCCACCCCGCCCCCGGUAAGCGAGGAGAUCCAGAAGGGUCUGGACCUCAUCUACGAAGGAAUCCGUCUGCAAGAGGAGGAAGCCAAGCGUGAAGCCGCUUCAAAGCCGGCACAACAGGCGCUGGCUCAAUCCGGUGACAGAAGAGACGAGAAAGACAGGAUCUACCAACGGCAGUAAUCCUCAUCGCCAGUAAUCCUUCCUAUCCUUCGCACCUUCCUUAGCCUUCCUUUUGUUCCUUUUAUCGUGCACUAAAUCCCUAGAAGCGUAUAAUAUAUGAUGUUGUUGCACCAUUUGUCGAGUGUAUAAGAAUAUUGAUUUUUUUUCGAGUUACCUGAACGAAUAUACUUGUAUAAAUAGGAGUGAUUCAGUAUGUUGUAUGCAUCCAAGUGAUCCCUGAUGAUAAAAAAUAAAUAAUUAUUGUAAUUAAA